GACCUGCGUGGGGGAGGAGGGCGGGCGCCUCGCGGAGUGCACAGGCCGUGCAGCCCCGGCGUGGCGCCGGGCACGGUGCAGGGGCGCCCACAGUCUCAGGCCGGGACAAGGCACGCUUCCCCCAGGCUGGCGCUCAGCGGGCAGAGGUCGCCCUGCUCCCGCCCCUCGAGAUGAGUGACAGCCUAGUGCCUGCCUCGGUCUCCAUGCCGACUUCUCAGGAGGGGCUGGAGGCCUGGGGCUUUCCAGACUGGAACUCUGGGCUCCUUCCCUUCCUCCAGCGCCGCCAGCUCCGGGUUUUCCUCAACCUGCUGGAGAACAGAAGGAUCUGGGACUGCCUCCACGAAGACCGAUGCUUCAAGUAUUCAGACAAGUACCUGCUGGCCAUGGUGCUGGUCUACUUCCAGCGCGCCCACCUGCUGCUUCACGAGUACACCCAGGACAACUUCUUCCUGGCGCUGUUCCUCGCAAACGACAUAUAUGAGGACCUGCAGGGAGCCAAGGUUCAGAUUAUCAUAUCGGCCCUGGGGGAAGACUGGUACAAUCAGAAGAGGUGGUUCCUGCACCAGAGAGACAAGCUGUGGGCCCGCAUGGACUUCCGGGCCAUCGUGAGUCGCCAGAGCUGUGAGGAGGUCAUGGCCGGUGAGCCCAACCACUGGGCCUGGUCUCGCGAGCGGUGCCCCCUCCACGUCGGGGUGCGGGUGCAUUACCCCUGGUCCCCGCGCUGCGACCCCCUCUGCUCCAACCCCCGCUGCGCCGUGUGCCCCUUCCUGGGCUGGCCCAACCUGCCCAGCACCAAGCCGGCACCACUCCCCUACCUUCCCCGGACCCCCCCUGAGUGCUUGCCCUGCUUCAAGUGCCUCUCGGUGGUCAGAAGUUUCCCUGAGGGGAAGAUUCUCGUCAUCUUGUCCCCAACACCUGCAGACAGAACCUGGCCCCGGCUCCCGCCACACAUGGCCUGGGCCUCCAACCUGGCCUGGGGCUCCAGCCAGGCCUGGGUCUCCUGGGCAGUGGAGCCCACGGAAUAAACGCCGCCUGCCUGCCCACCAGGACUCUGCCGUCUGCACCCUUCCCGGACCUCAGCCCUGCCUCCUCCCUGCCUGCCCCUGUACUCAUCUGGUUAUGGCCCCUCUAAUAAACUUGCGUCCUGUGAGGUCCUGGCCUGGCUCCUCGUUCUUGGAUGGCAGUGGGAGAAGGGUUCACCUAUGGGCACAGUGGCCAUUCGUGGCCUGUAGCCCUAGUCCUGUGAAUGAUGAGGUCUGCACGGGGAAGAUGGGGUGAAGUGAGACGAGAUAUCUGCAGUUCUUGGAGAGGGUCUAAGAACUGCCUGGAAAACCCUGC